GGGUGCAUCCGUAUAGGCUCCGGCGUGCGCUAGUGGUGGUGGUGGUAGUUGACCGACGGCGACGACGCGGAGCGGAUAUCAUACGCAAUACUAUAUUACUGAAUCGCGCGGCGUCGUUCGCAUCCCCGUCCCGCACCUCGCCACCCGGCGUGUCCGUGUCUGGCGCGCGCGGUCCGCGAGAAACCGUCGUUGUGCGACGGCAUUACACCGGCUUUACACCGUAUAUCGGAGACUCGUUCAUCAGUCCCAUUCAUUCAUUAUUCGUACGUCGCACCGUCAUACGACUGAGGCACGUUUUAUAGCGACGUCGGCCAUGGGAACGCCGGACACCGGUCCAACCGCCAAAUGUUGCUGCACGGCGUCCGCUUGUCGUCGUGCUGUUCGUCGGCGUCGAGGUGACUGCCCUGUGGCUGGGGAUAGAAGUGCAGGCCGCACAUUCGUUUGAGUACCACUGUCCGCACAUUAUCGUACGCGUACGUAUACGACACGCACUGUCGUUUGGCCGUCAAAUACGAAAGAUUGCAUUUCACGUCUCUUUGGUUCCGCGAUGCACGCCGUCACAUCACGUCCACUGUCGAGCGGACCGGUUGACGGCGGUCACUGUGUUUGAGUAUACGCGCGUUUGCACUACGACACGACCAUCGACUAUACAGCGGUGACGGCCGUCGAGCAGAUAGGACCGUCGUGUGUGAGCGGUUCGUAGUUCGAUGCAAGUACCUGUAUACCUGUAUAUACACUAGCUGUUCUAAGAUACAUUUGUGUAGCUUAAAAAUAAUAACCGGAGGCCGUGGAAACGCCAAAGUUGUCAAAAAUGAUGUUGAUCGCGAUGUCUUUGGAGCCCGCAAUGGUCGACGAAAGACCCGACAAGAACAAUCAAGCGGUCAAGAUAUCACGGAAGAGUCACGAUGACCAUCAAAGAAGAUAUGGCACCGGGUCACCUGUCGGCGAUGAUUGCAAUCGUAACGACUGCCAACGUCCCAGUGACAGCGACGAUCGGACGUCAGCCGUACUAGAAAUAAUAAGACCGCGGAUCAAGCGGAAUAACUUUGGCAGCGGCGACGUCCGAAAUUGGGAACGAUCGGAUUGGGCGACCUGUGACUACGGUGAAAAGCCAGGAAACUUUGACGGGACCGUCGAUUGGACGAAACCUCAAGCAGACGCAAACAUUGGCACGAUGGUCGAAGGCACCGCAGACGGUUACCAUCCGGUCCGGCGACGACUUUUCGCGGACUGCGAACGUAGCAAGACCGCGACGACUGUAGAAGCGGACGACGCGGAUGACGCAUCACCCGAAGACCGACGGCGACGGCGGCACGGCACACAGCAAUGGUUCAGCAAUUGUUGGCGACCGAAACCGUCAUCAGCGGUCCCCGACAUCCAUCGGAACCACCAUCGUCGGGUGCACCGGCACCGUCACCAUCACCAUCAUACGCACCGUUUGCACAUGUGGACGAGCAGUUGCUGCUGGUGGCUGUUGGUGUUCUAUGCGGUGGUCGUGGUCGUUGCGUCGUUUGCCCGAGCCGCGCAUUCCGCCAAAGACGGUAAAUAUGUUACAAUAUCAUAUUACAUCCGUACUAGGUAUUGGCGAUCAAAAUCUUAUCAGUAUUUGGGUCAGUGGAGGUUAGUCUGUAACGGGCUAGAUGGAAAAAUAACAUAUACAUCAUACCUAAGAUAAUAAAUAAUAUAAUACCCAUAUUAUACACAGAGUGCUCGUUACAGCUUAUCAAUUUGAUAAGCUUUUGAUCGCCACAUUGUUUAUGGAAGUAUAGAGGAUCAAUAGGUUGAUGUUAAACAUAUGGACGCGGGAUUUUCUAUCUACACUGUGCAUAGUACUUGAACCCACAUAACGGAGACAGAAACGACGUUUCUCUCUCACACAGAAGCUCCCAUAUCCAGGGUUUUAUCAUUCAUAUUAUCCAUCUUAGCUUCACAAUUUUGGAUCAAUAUCACAUCCAUAUGUUUAAUAUCUAUUGGUGGAUCAGACAUUCAGACCGGUACAAUACUGUAUACUCUUGGGCGGAAAUCGAGUACAAUAUUAUUGGCAGGAGUGGGAGGGCUAAUUUCUCACUCAAACUACUGCUAUUAAAAUGUCAUUACCUACACAUAUAGAAAAUGUUCCAAAAUGAUAUAGUUUUUUUUUGUUUAACAUAAAUAUUAAAAUCUCAAUAAUUCACAAAUUAUUUUGUAUCUGAAAUUUCAUUCAAUUUUAAAUUGAAUUAGCUUAGGUUUGAAAAUGUGAUGCAAUGUCCCUCUAAAGUCCAAAGUCGUUUUACAGAAGUUUAGAAAUACCAAAGAUACAUUUCCACAAUUAUUUGCUUAAUAAGAGUUCUUAAUUCAAUUUGUCCUCUUCUUAGCACAACAUUUUUUUUUUAGUAUACUUACAUUGAUUUAUUGUAUUCAAACUAACAACGCAGCAGAUGCAAUCUCUCCGGUUGGUAACAAUUAUUUUUUUUAUAUAAUGACUGUUGGUUGCCGUUAAAAAGUACAGGAAUAUAAAUAUAAAAUAUAAUAUAAAUAUAUUAAUAUUAAGUCCAGCAAUAUUUGUGAAGGAAAAUAAUAUUAAAAUGAUUAUACAACUGGUAAUAUUUCAUGAGUCUUACUUCAUAUUAUUACGUAUAUACAAUAUUGUGAUACUUUUUAGUGCACAAAAAUUGGUGCUCUAAUUAUAAUCAAUUCCCGGCCCAAAAUGUUUGAUCGUUCCAUCCAGGUUAGAAUCUAGAACACAUAUUGGUAAACAGGACUUAGGGGGUAUCGGAUAGUUAAUUGUUUUUUGAUUAAACUCAGACCUAAAACGAUAAUAAUCGAUUGUAUUUUUUUGCCGUUGUUAUUCUUGGAAUUUUAAUUUAUAGGUACCUAGUUCAAACAUAAAAUUAAUUUUGGAUGUAAAAAACUUCCCUACACAGUAUUUGGAGGGUAACCUUAAUCCCCGAUGGUAGAAUAUAAUAUAUGUUAUAUAAAUUUAAACAAUAUAACAUAAAUCCGUAUAACAUAUCGUUAUUGUUUUUAUGUGACGGCGUAUCACUAUAGUAAGUAUAAUACUAACCCCCACAAAACGGCUUUCUAUUUUCACGUGUCAUAAACAUUUGUUGAGCUAGGCUGAUACAAUAAAAAAAUAAGCCAAAAAUCUAUAAAAUUGAAAUGGUUAGGUGCGUUGAAAUUGCGCCGAGGUUUCUAUUAUAAAAGUUUAAAAUAUGUUAGGUAGUCAACAUUUUCUUUAAGGUUCUUGUACCUACCUACACUAAGUUUGAUAUUUUAAUAUUUUAAAAUCUAAUUGACCGUCUAAUUAAUAUUUUAUAAGUAAUAUUAAAUUAUUAAACAGUACAUAGGAAACGUUUAUUUUAUAAUUUUCCUAUGAUCUUAAUAUUUUACGCACUUCUGUUAGAUUAUUCAAUUAAUGUAAUACAUUAUAAAUGAUAAUAUUAAUAUUUCCCUUGUUGAGACAUCAAAGGAGGUAGAACGGUGGUUUAAACUUUAAUGAUUCCAUAUCUGACCACUGUAAUCGAUUACGUUCAGUCAUUGUGACAUUUUGUCAUCAUUACAGCCAUCAUAAAUAUAUUAUCAACAAUAGAACGCCUAUAUUCUAUGGACGAGAUAAUUUAUCAUUAUAGAAUUAACCGAUUGUUAAAUUAUAAAGUUAUAGGAGCAUUCAGACUAAAGUGAUUAACUACAUACAUGUACCAGACUCGUGCUAUACUGAGUAAUGCAACAUUGCCACGGAAAAAAAAAACAAUAAUCGAAUGCCAUACUUUCUAAACAAUAGUUUAUUUAAAUUUGUAUUGCGGCUAGUGACAAUAUAAUAAUUAUAUAAAGAACAAAAUAAUUUAGUUAAAAGCUUACCCCUAUUCUUAGCCAUCACUCUCAUCAGGUAUUUAAUUUAUCUCUGAAUGAAAGAUUUUCAUUCUUUUUUUUUUAGUUAAAAUGAAAAUCCUUUAUUUUCAAGAAGUAAAAAUAACUGAUGAUUGACAAAAGUGGUAAUACCAAUCAUCCACAUACAAAAUAUGAUUUAAAGAUAAGAUAACUGGAUAGAACAAACUUUGAUUUUAAUUAAAUCAUAAUUUGAUAUUUGGAACAUAGUAUUAUGUGACCAAACGUUAAUUUUAAAAUUAUCCAAGUUAAAGUUAAUUUAUUAAAUAAUAGUAUAAAUACAUUUAUAGUGUAAAAUUAGCAUAAAAAACCAGGAUGAAACUGAGAUUAAAUAAAGCGAGAAAGUUACGUAUUUUAGAAUUUCAAUAACAAAACUAUAAAUAAGUAGGUAUAUUACAGGACAGAAAUUAUAAAUGAAAAAUUGUUCAAAUUAUCCGAAAUCUUUAAUCAAUUUAGAAUAUGCGCUCGCUGCUUUCAAUGUUAUAACAAAGUAUGCUACAAUCUCAUUUUUGGGGAAGUUAAUUGCUUAAUGUAGCUCAUAUAUACCGAUGUAAAACUAAUUACUUCAUAUUCUACCUUUUAUGAAAAAGGUUAUUUGUUGAUUUAUACAUUCACUACAAUAUUAAAAAAAUAAAUCAUUGCGAAUAAAUGUAAUGAUGGUCAAUUGUAAUACAAAUACUUGAACUAUUCUUAUGGAUACUCCUAUAGGUCCGAUUUUUACUCAGAAUCGUUUUUUAAAUACAAUAAUAGUUCUGGCAUUUAAAUUUAAAAUAAAAUACUAAUGCAUUACGCCACUACCGUCUACCAUGUGUCAGAAUUAGCGAGUAGUGUACUAGUAUCUAAUAUAAGAACAUUGUCAAUCAUACUUUUAUUUAUUUUUACUUGAUCUGAAUUGAUCAUAUUUAAGGGUAAGAUUAUUAGAGAAAUGCCAUUCAAUAUUACGAAUCUUUUGAUAGAAAAUUGAUUCUGUUUAAGUUAAUUAAUUUUUGAUUUUCCAAUAGUUCUUGGAAUAUAUAUUAUCUUACAUUGCUAAUUUACUAAAGUAUAAAACUGUUACACGUUAUUCGAUAGGUAGAUCGAUAUUUUUGAUUCAUAUAAACAACGUAUAGGUACUAUCAUAGUCAUAAUACAUACAGAUUAUUUCAAACAUUUUUUUAUUUGUGUACCUAAUCAUUUGUUUUAUUGAAUUUCCAAAUUUUAAUUUUUGAGCCUUGACAUUUCAAUACAAGGUUUACUCUACCGUUUAUUAUUCCAACUGUAUAAAAUCACUUACUAUAAUUAUUUUCUAAAGAACUUUUAACAUUUAAAAAAAUAUGUAGUCGAAUCUAUAUUAAAUUAAACUUUAAUUUUCAGUCUACCUUUUUUUCAAUUAGAAUGAUUUAUAUUGAUUUCAAAUUUAUUAUAACAAUAAUACGACAGUUACAAUACUAUCGAGUACUAAUAUGUAAGGAGAGUGCCAACAAAUUUGGCUCUGUAGAUGACUAUUGACUGUACGUGACAUACGUGUCAACGAUCCUAUAAAAUAAAAUGGUUCAACCAAAACAGUAAUCCUGACUUCUGAAAAAUUUAUAUUUUUAAUAGUUUAAAUUUUACAAUAAGGAUCAUCAUUGGAUUAUAUUACCUUUGUUUUUAAAGUAUUUGAAAAAAUUCUAACAAAAGAUGUAUUUAUUUUGGAUAAUUGUUCUAGAAUCUAGAGACUAGGGGUCUAUAAUAAGGAGGUAGGUUUAUACCCAUUUAAACUUAGUAUAUAUUAUUACGAGAUUUCAUCGAUUCCAUCAAACCUUUUUUACGGGGGCAAAACAAACAUCAAUCCCGUCAAUGCAAGAUGUUUCUGCCACCCGCACUUAAGCAAUCAACUCAUCAAUUCCUCCAAUUUUAAGUUGUAAAUUCAAGUAACUUAAGGUUGAGCUACUGUUAAUCUAAAAAUUAUAACCAAGAAAGUAUGGGGAAAUAAAAACUUCUCGUACAAAAAUUACAAUU